CUCUUUCUGUGUUUUGUAGAUUUGGGAUCUCAGUGACAUUGACAAAGAUGGACACUUGGAUAAAGAUGAGUUUUCAGUGGUGAUGCACCUGGUUUAUGCAGCCCGAGAGAAGGAGCCUGUGCCAUCCACCCUCCCCACCGCUCUCAUCCCUCCAUCCAAGCGGAAGAAGAUCGCAGGCGCUCUUCCGGGAUCAGUUCCUGUUCUUCCCUCUAGUCCGUUCCUCCUGAAGGAGAACCUGAGGCCGACGCCAGCGCUUUCCAAGAGUUCUUUGGGUAGCAGCACAAAUCUGUCUCCGUCAAGCUCGUUCAAGCGCUCCACCCCAACACCACCGCAGCCUCAAACACACACACAGCAGCCGUCCUCUGAUCUCUGGGUGGUGCCGGUGGAAGACCGAGAGCAGUACGAGGAGAUCUUUGAUCUGGCAGACUCUGAUUUUGAUAGGAUGGUUGGAGGAGGUGAAGUGAAGGAUAUCUUCAUGAACUCUCGGCUGCCUCAGAGCGUCCUGGCACACAUAUGGUCGCUGGCAGACACUCAGCAUACCGGCAAACUCACCAAGGAGCAGUUCUGUCUGGCGAUGCACCUGAUUCAGGAGAAAGUGAAAGGAGUGGAUCUUCCUCAGAGUCUGACCCCUGACAUGAUACCACCGUCAGAGAGAGGAGCCGCCGGCACACCGAUUCUCUCUGGAUUUACACCAUCAGUCGUGUCUGAAUUGACCCCGUUGACCAUUCUGAGCAGAGACAGCAGCAGUUCUGUUGGGUUGGUUGAGGCGAUGGGAAUCAAGGAUCUUGAUGACAUCAACCAGGAAAUCUCCCAGCUGCAGAGUGAGAAACGCAUAUUGGAGACAGAAAUCAGGCAGAAAGAGGAAGCCCUGCGACAGAGGAACAGUGAAGUGCAGGAGGUGCAGAGAGACCUGGAGCAUGAAAACGUGGGCCUUCAGGAAUUGGAGCACCAGAAAUGGGAUGCUCAGGAGCGACUCGGUGAGAUGGAGCAGCAGAGAGCCAAACUGGAGAGCACACUGGAUGAGACCAAGAGCAAGUGGCAGGAGGAGAACGUGAAAAUCACAUCGCUGCAGACGCAGAUCUUGUCUCAGGAGUCAGACGUACAGAUGCAGGAGAAGGAGGUGAGCAGAACGAAGACGGACCUGUACUGUCUGGAACAAGAGGAGCAGCGUUUGGAGGAGAGUCUGCAUGCUGGGAAAGCCAAGCUGGACAGCAUCCUCAAACUGCUGAAGACAUCGCAGGACGAGAUGGACCAGACGCGCAGUGAGCUCAGUGAGAUACAGGAUGCCCAGCGAGAGCUCAAUAAGACCAUCGAACGCUUCGGCAAAACUCUGAACGACAGCGUGAUCAGCCUUGCCGACCUGGACCAGCUCAUUGCUGAGGAGAGCUCCAGCACUGGCACCAAGCUGACCCGUUUGGAGGAGAUCCGUUCCAGCAGAGCGACCCGUUCAAAGACCCCUUCGCUAAUUCUGAUCCCUUUGGUCAGAGUUCCUCAAGUCAGUUCAAGGCCAGUCCCUUCAGCAGAAAAAUCAGCCAGGCAUCGAUGGGUCCCAAACCUAAAGACUCAGACCCAUUUGCUGCGUCAGACCCAUUCGGUAGCAACUCUUUUGGAGGGAAAGGUGGUUUCGCUGAUUUCUCUCAAUUGUCAAAGAGCUCGAGCUCAGAGCCUCAGAGCCGAAAGCCAACGUACCCGCUGCCUCCUCCCAAAAAACCCGGACCACAGAGACCAGUGCCGCCUCCUUACGGGAAGAAUUCCGCCGUCACGUAUAGCGGUUCAGGGGUUCAUAGUCAAGGGUUUGGUGGUCCAGCCGUUCGAAAGACACAAACGGACAGAGGACCCGGCUCCUCGUCCUCAACGUUACUGUCUGCUGUUAACCCGUCCUGUAGAGCUUUCGGAAGUGAGACGGAGCAGCUGGAGUGGGCCAAACGCGAGAGCCAGAGAGAGGAGGCGGAGCGAGUCCGGAGGCUCCGCCUACAGGAACAACUGGACCUGGAACUGGCUCUGGCUCUCAGUCGAGCUGAAAUGCCCAGAACAUGAAGCUGCUACGUUUUGGAUUCAAUCCUUCAACUUUCAGAUGAAGCUUUUGCUCCAAUCAUACGCUCUUCCUGAAGAUCUCUCAGGUUUGCUGUAGCGAUCACUGAACCAAUGAAGUACAACAAAACCAAAGGCCAUAGUUACAGAUCCACUUGACACAUUUGCUCAUGAACUGCACAAAAUGCUAAACCACUGAAUUAUGCUUUAUAAAGAUUAUAUACAGCUUCACCAAAUACUGUAGGACCAGUCAGUCUUAAGUCAAUUAUUGAUGCACAGAAGUAUAUAAGAAAUAUCAACCUCUAUCUGCAGCCAAUGUCGGUUUUGCAAAGCAGAUUCGACCCCAAGUGCUUCAUAUUUAAGUGUCUUUAGGACUUUUGACUAUGAUCAAAUUCAUCCAAGUCUUAACCAGACGUUUGGUUUAAUAAGAGGGAUGAAUUAUUAAAUGCAUGACAUUUAGUUGCCGUCGGUCCACUAUAUGAUCAUAUAUGAUGUCUGUAUUUACAUAUACACCUGCAUAAUCAAUGCAUUCCCAAAUCUCAUAUGGUUGAAGAUUAUGAGUUUUAUUAGAUGCAUGAAGAUCAAAUGAAGCAUAUUCUUUAUUCUUGAAGGAACCUGUUUUUAGUUGUGUUUGGCACUGUUGAGAGUGAGAUGAUGUGAGCUGUAUUUCUUGUGUUUAACCCUUUAAAGCUUGAUCAGAUCCUCUAGAUGACACCGGAUCACACAAAC